AUGGAGACCCUGGAAGGAGCUGAACUCUGCUUCCCACAACUCCUCAACGCCUCCUGCAGGAAGCCGAAGCCUCCAAGCUCUGAUGUUAUGCUGCUCUACAUCCUGCUGUCCUUCAUCGCUCUGCUCACUAUAGCUCUCAACCUGCUGGUCAUCAUCUCCAUCUCCCAUUUCAGGCAGCUCCACACCACCACAAAUCUCUUUCUCCUCUCCUUGGCUUUCUCAGACCUCCUUGUGGGCCUUGUGCUUGUUCCGGCUGAAAUCCUCUUUAUGGGGGCCUGCUGGUUUCUUGGUGAUUUAAUGUGUGCUUUGUAUCCCAUUGUGUUGUUUAUCAUUACCUCCUCCUCAAUAGGAAACAUGGUGCUCAUAUCAGUCGACCGCUAUGUGGCUAUCUGUGACCCUCUGUGUUACCCCACCAAAAUCACCUGGAGAAGAGUUAAAAUCUGUGUUUGUCUGUGUUGGAUCUGCUCUGUUUUGUACAGCAGUCUGGUUCUGAGUGAUACCCUGAUGCAACCAGGCAGGUCUAAAUCCUGCCAGGGAGAGUGUGUGGUUGUCAUUAAUUCUAUUACAGGAGCUGUUGACUUUAUUUUAAACUUUAAUAUCCCUAUUACUGUGAUCAUAGUUCUGUAUAUGAGAGUGUUUGUGGUGGCUGUGUCUCAGGCUCGUGCCAUGAGAUCCCACAUUGUGUCUGUCACUCUGCAGCAUUCAGGGACUGGAACUGCUAAGAAAUCUGAGCUGAAAGCAGCCAGGACUCUCGGUGUUGUUGUGGUUGUGUUUCUACUGUGUCUCUGUCCAUAUUACUGUGUUUCUUUUGCAGGCCAGGAUGCUAAAAUCUCUUUUUCAUCUGGAGUCAUUGUUUUGUUCCUGUACUUUUUAAACUCCUGUCUAAACCCUAUAAUCUAUGCCUUGUUCUACCCCUGGUUUAGAAAAGCAAUCAAACUCAUUUUUACACUUCAGAUACUGCAGCCUGACUCCUGUGAUUCCAACGUACUGUAG